AUGGCAUCGCUCCCUUCUAUCUCAACUCUUUCGUCGCUUGACGCUGAAGAUAGGGCGAAGGCAUUGGACACCCUCUUUGAACCAUGUCUCCAACUUCACACAUUAUCCGUCAGCCUGCUCCGAGAAAAGAAGUUUUCUACGUACGAAGAUCUUAUCAACGCGGUUGGCAAGCAAUUGACAGAGCUCUACGAGUCCAAUCUAGAAAGCGAUUCCAAGAGGCUUGACGCUAUCCUCUCUGCACAUCCUCGUCUGGGUGAGAAGAAAGUCGACAGCGAGCAGAGUCGCAAGGAACAGGCGCAGCUAAAUCAAGGCGGAGCUGAGGAGGCGGAGAAGUUGGCCGAGAUGAACAGGAAGUAUGAGGCGGCGUUCCCGGGGUUGAGAUAUGUAGUAUUUGUGAACGGCCGAAGUCGGUCUGUUAUUAUGGAAGACAUGCAGAGACGGAUAGAUCGAGCAGACUUGAGUCAGGAGAAGCAGGAUGCUGUCAAGGCCAUGUGCGAUAUUGCAUUUGAUCGAGCGAAGAAAUUAGGUGGCUGA